AUAAGCGCCUUUAAUUUUUAUAAAACAAAAUAAUAAAUUGUAUUUAAAACAAAAGGUAAAUUUUAUUUGAAAAAAUAAUAAUAAAUACGAAAUUAGGUAUUUAUCUAUGUGUCGAAGGAGGAUUAUUAAUUUUAUUUAAAAUUAUCAGUGAAAGGUUAUGUUUAAUAGCACACAUGGCACGGUAAAGUUGGUAUAUAAAAAAAAAUUAAUAAAAAUGUUUAAUGAAAUUUUAUCUAAUUAACACUUAAUUAGAAAAAUGUUGCCAUGAAGUCGAAACGAGCGUUAGAAUUAACGCUUGCUAUUCUAAAACCUCACGUUAUAAAAUCUCCAUUCGCUCUGCAGAGUAUACGAGAUGUAAUAAUUAAAAAUGAUUUUAAAGUAAUAAAAUCGCAAAGAAUUGUAAUUAGUGAAAAUGAAGCGUCACUUUUUUAUGCUGAUCAUAAAGGAAAAUUUUUUUACAAUCGUUUACUCACUUUUAUGACGAGUGGACCAUCGGAUGUACAUAUUUUGGCAGGACACGAUGCAAUAGCACGUUGGAGAAAAUUAUUAGGACCAACGAAAGUUUAUAAAGCUCAAUUUUCCGAUCCUGAUUCAAUAAGAGGAACAUUUGGUCUCUCAGACACUAGAAAUGCUGCGCAUGGAUCAGAUUCUAAAGAUUCAGCUGAAAGGGAAAUUGCAAUUUUCUUCAAAGAUUUUGAUAUUCAAAAAUGGUACGAAACUGAAGAGGAUCAUUACAUUUUUGGUAAACUCGACCUUGAUCCUACAACAUUUGUUCACACAAUUAAUAAAAGUUUGUGAUAACAAAAGUAAUUAAAUAACCCACUUGUGCCAUAGGUUCUAUUUUAAUAUUUAUUAUAAAUUAAAAGUUUAUUGUAAAUAAUUUUUAAACAAAUG